AUGGCGGCGGCACACCUUGUCAAGGAAAAGUUAAUCACUGUUCUUUUGUCAGAUUAUGUCCAGGAACAUUGGAAAGAGGAUGAGUUUUUUGCAUACCAGUUUCUAAAUGGUGUCCAUCCCACCUUGAUUCGACGUUGCAAAACUCUGCCCAAGAACUUCCCUGUGACUGAUGACAUGAUCUCCAUCCCCGAUGGCUCAAACUUGUCUCAGGAGUUGAAGCAAGGUAACAUAUACAUGUGUGACUACAAGAACCUGGACGGAAUGCCUGCAAACAUUAUCCAAGGAGUUCAGCAGUACUUGAUGGCACCCCUUGUCCUGUUUCACAAAAGACCCAAUGACAAGCUGAUGCCUAUCGCCAUUCAGCUGAAACAGACUCCGGCUGAGGACAACCCCAUCUUUCUCCCAUCUGACUCUACAUACGACUGGCUGACAGCCAAGAUUUUUGUGAGAAGUGCCGAUUUCACGGAGCACCAACUCAACGCACACUUGCUGCGCACUCAUCUACUGGCAGAGGCCUUUUCGGUGUCACUGUUGCGCAACCUCCCCAUGGUGCAUCCCAUAUACAAGCUCCUCAUACCCCACACUCGAUACACUCUGCAGAUCAAUGAAUUAGCACGACAACGGCUGAUAGGACCCACUGGAGUCCUUACAAUGUUUACAGCUUCCGGUGGAGACAGUUUGAUGAAGAUCGUGGCAAAAUCACUGUCCUCCAUAACCUACAGCUCCCUUUGCCUCCCGGACGACAUUGCUGCACGCGACAUGCAGGACGUGCCAAACUUCUAUUACAGGGAUGAUGGCCUCCAACUGUGGAACAUCAUCUUCAAAUAUGUGCAAGGAGUGAUACAGUUCUACUACAAAAGUGACGACGAGGUCCGGCGAGACUCAGAACUGCAGACUUGGAUUGGCGACAUUUUUGAACACGGAUUCCUUUCCCAGCCACAAACAGGAAUCCCUCAGAGUUUCACCACUGUGUCCGAGCUCAUCAAGUUCGCCACCAUGGUCAUGUUCACUAGCUCAUGCCAGCAUGCAGCUCUAAACACCGGACAGUAUGACUAUGGUGGCUGGAUGCCCAACACCCCAGCCACCCUGCAGCGUCCUCCCCCAACCAAAAAGGGUACAACAAGCGAGGCCACAAUGUUGCAGACGUUGCCCGUUAUCAACGUGACUGCUCAGGGAAUGGCCACAGUCUGGCUGCUCAGCAGGCAGUCCUCUGAUUUUGUCUCCCUUGGACAAUACUCAGAGGACCAUUUCACUGAGAACACACCCCGCCAGCUGCAAAAGGAUUUUAAAGUUGAGCUUGACAUGUUGUCUAUCGCGAUCAACAACAGAAACAAAGGUCUGGAAAUCCCUUACACUUACCUGGAUCCAAAUAACGUAGAGAACAGUGUGGCCAUCUAAA